AUGAAGUUUAUUUUUGCGCUGACUGUCGUCGCCGGGGCCGCCUCGGCCACGCUCAACGAUACGUCUGUGUCUCGCCAACUCCAAGAGGCACCCCCAUCGAUCUGCUUGCUCACCUCGUAUCUCCGCGGCGUUGGCACAGUGCCCAAGUCAUGCGCGCGAGGCCAAGAACGCAUUGGAGCCUUCUGCUACGAGUAUUGCCCGAGUGGCAUGUCUCGUAAAGCCUUCGACUGCCAUUCGAACUGUCCCAAAGCCAACAAGGGCUAUGUUUUUGAGGACAUAGGCGUCUUUUGCCGCUUGAAGGAAUACGACCGAGGAGCUGGCUACCCUUGGAAGUUUGGCGACGCUUUUGAUGACAGCGGCAUGUUCAAACGUUGCGAAGCAGCCAACGGCGGCAGUGACAAGUGCGAGAAGAAUGGACUUGUUGUGUACCCGAAAUGCAAGGAGGGGUACACCGCGUUUGGCUGCUGCAUUUGCCGCCCCAAUCCACCAGACUGCGAGAAGCUUGGACUGGGUGGAAACGUCGACCUGUCCUGUGCUAAAAAAGUCAUCAUCGGGAAGCCCGACUUGGGCACGUGUGAGCCGGACGAAGACCUUUACCUUGGGCUGUGCUACAAAAAGUGCAAGGCAGGCUUCUCUGCUCAGGGGCUGGCCUGCGAGGCCAAUAUCCCGUCUGGUUGGGUCAAAUGUGACAAGGGCGCUGCCAAGACCUCGGCCAUGUGCGCCGAUAUAGAAGACAACCUCAUUGACUUCACGGCGAAGGGCCCGACGUGCGACCGAGUUGUUACCGACGAAGUCGUCCCAGUUGACCCCCGUAGCCUCGACACUUAG